CUAAACUACUUCUCUGACAUCUCAGUAGGCCGCAAAUGUGAUGAGCAUGGCGACUUCCUCUCACCUGGAGAGCCUCCCCCACCUUCUCCCCCUCGCAACCCGAAUGACUGGUCCCCAUUUGGAUCACGCCUGGCCUUUGAGACGGCGGAUUUCUUCUUCCGACAUAACCAGAUGUCUGCCAGGCACAUCAACUUCAUGUGCCGGCUGUGGGGCAUCGCCAUGGCAAAGCACAAUGCCGAACCUCCCUUUCGCGACCACAAGCAUGUCUACGACACCAUCGAUGACGCAAAAGUUGGGGAUAUUCCCUGGCAAUCAUUCUCUGUCAACUACGGUGGUGCAAGGCCCCCCCGAAGCGUACCACCAUGGAUGGAUGCGAAGUACGACGUGUGGUUCCGCGAUCCUCUGGAGGUUGUCAAGAAUAUCCUCGCUCGCCCGGACUUCAAGGAUCAGAUGGAUUACUCACCCCACCCUGACUACGACAACGAUGGUGUCCGGCAGUACGAGAACCUUUUCUCCGGUGACUGGGCCUGGGAGCAAGCAGAUGAGAUCGCGCAAGACCCAGCAACGCAUGGAUCAACGUUCGUUCCGAUCAUCCUCGGAAGUGACAAAACAACGGUCUCGGUCGCAACAGGCCUGACCGAGUAUUAUCCCCUAUAUCUCUCCAUUGGCAACGUUCACAACAACACGCGGCGGGCACGCCGUAAUGCUGUUGUCCUCAUUGGUUUCUUGGCCAUCCCAAAAACCAAUAAGACCUUCAGUGCGGAUCCAAAAUUCCGACAGUUCCGACGUCAACUCUUUCACGCGUCCCUCUCCACAAUCCUCCAAGUCCUGAAGCCCGGCAUGACCCAACCACAAGUCUUAAAAUUCGGAGAUGGCUACUUCCGACGUGUCAUCUUCGGUAUCGGCCCGUACAUCGCAGACUACCCGGAGCAGGUUCUGUUAACAGGAAUUGUGCAGGGAUGGUGUCCUCGAUGUCUGGCGUUUCCCGACGAUCUUGACAGUGGGGCACCACAACGGUGCCGACAACAUAACGAGGCACUUGUGGAGUCACUGCCACCAGAUGUCUUAUGGGAUGAGUAUGGUAUCAUAGCUGACGUCGUCCCAUUCACCAAUGACUUUCCCCGUGCCGACAUCCAUGACCUCAUCGCCCCCGAUAUACUGCACCAGCUCGUCAAGGGGACCUUUAAGGAUCACCUCGUCGACUGGGUCGAGCAAUACUUGCACAAAGUUCACCCCAAAGCGGAAGCCCUUCGAAUAUUGGACGACAUUGACCGACGCAUAGCUGCCGCACCUCCCUUUGCUGGCCUUCGCCGAUUUCCCCAAGGCCGAGGAUUCAAACAAUGGACCGGCGACGACUCAAAGGCCCUUAUGAAAGUCUACUUGCCAGCCAUCGAAGCCCACGUCCCCCCCGACGUUGUCCGCGCGUUCCGCGCAUUUCUGGAGUUUACCUACAUCGUCCGGCGAAAUGUCAUCACUGAAAAUGACUUCGCCAUCCUUGACGACUGCGUCGAACGGUUCCAUCGAUAUCGCCAAGUCUUCGUUGAGUGCGGCGUCAACAUCUCACUCUCUCUUCCCCGACAACACUCCUUGCCCCAUUACAAGUACCUUAUCCGACGUUUUGGCGCCCCGAACGGGCUGUGCUCAUCAAUAACGGAAUCAAAACACAUUGAGGCCGUAAAGGAUCCGUGGCGGCGGUCGAGUCGGUUCAACGCCCUCGGUCAGAUGCUACGCACCAACUCCCGCCUCGACAAACUCGCAGCAUGCCGAGUUGAUUUUGAUGCCAGAGGGAUGCUCGCAGAUGAUCUCCUUGACGAAGAGCUGGAAUUGGAUGAGCAGUUUCGCAUUGUCGGGAAGAUUGAUGGGAAGGAGUUGAUGGCGGAGGUGAAGCUGGCGAAAUCAAGAGCACGGAAACGUCCUCGCACGCUUCCUAACCUUGCCAAGGAGGUUCAUGAGCCGCAGCUGGUCGAGCAAACCCAGCGAUUCCUGUUCGCCAUGCUUCACCACGACGACCCUCGGCUCAAGUACGACAUAUUUAUUCCUCUCCACGAGUGUCCCCUACCUCCACCGAAGAUCACUGUCGUUAACUCGGCAGUAUCGACCUUUCGCGCGCCAAGCGACAACUGCGGGACCGGCGGCCUGAAGCGUGAGCGCAUUCGCUCUACGGCUUCAUGGCGUAAUGAAGCGCCACGCUACGACUGCGUUUUUGUCUUGACUGAUGAAACGCGGCCCGGGACGCUCGCUAUGGAUGUUGUGCGUGUCCUCGCACUGUACAAGUUUGACAUUGGGAAGGUGGUUUACGAAUGUGCCCUCGUCCACUGGUUCGAAUACUAUAGUGACGAGCGCGACGAGGAUACCGGCAUGUACAUCGUCCGCCCAAAGUUCAAAGGUAAUACCCGCGAUGUCUCCGUGAUUGACGUCGACACGAUCGUCAGAGCCGCUCAUCUGAUACCUGUAUUUGGUAAAGAUACAGUUCCAGAGGAUUUCAAGUGCCAUCAAACCUACGAUACGUACGACGCGUUCUACAUUAAUCGUUUCAUUGAUCACCAUGCAUUCGAGCUCGCUUGA